AUGGCGCUCGACAACUACUAUCACAACAAGAUCGAGGCGAUGAAGCUCGAGAUCCUCAAGGGCCAGGCUGUCCUACGUCGUCUCGAAGCCCAGCGGAAUGACUACAACUCGAGAGUGCGGUUACUGCGCGAGGAGCUUGGCCUCUUGCAGCAGCCCGGUUCCUACGUUGGCGAGGUUGUCAAGGUCAUGGGUACAAAGAAGGUCCUGGUCAAGGUACAUCCCGAAGGCAAAUACGUCGUCGACGUGGCGGACUCGGUCGACAUUGCGAAACUUACCGCCGGCAAGCGUGUCACCCUCCUCUCCGACUCAUACAAGCUCGAGAAGAUCCUCCCGUCGUCCGUCGACCCGCUUGUCUCUCUCAUGAUGGUAGAAAAGGUGCCCGACAGCACAUACGACAUGAUCGGCGGUCUCGAUCAGCAGAUCAAGGAGAUCAAGGAAGUCAUCGAGCUCGGUCUCAAGCACCCAGAGCUCUUCGAGUCCCUUGGUAUUGCGCAACCCAAGGGAGUCCUGCUCUAUGGUCCUCCCGGUACCGGCAAGACACUGUUGGCCCGAGCUGUCGCCCACCACACAGACUGCAAGUUCAUCCGUGUGUCAGGAUCAGAGCUCGUGCAGAAGUACAUUGGUGAAGGUUCGCGGAUGGUGCGUGAGCUCUUCGUCAUGGCUCGUGAACACGCGCCAUCAAUCAUCUUCAUGGACGAGAUCGACUCGAUUGGUUCUUCGAGAGUGGAGGGCUCAUCUGGUGGUGACUCGGAAGUGCAACGGACAAUGUUGGAGCUGCUCAACCAGCUGGACGGCUUCGAGCCCACGAAAAACAUCAAGGUCAUCAUGGCGACAAACCGACUGGACAUUUUGGACCCUGCGCUUCUGAGACCGGGUCGCAUCGACCGCAAGAUUGAGUUCCCUCCGCCGUCGGUAGAAGCCAGAGCCGAUAUUCUGCGCAUCCACAGCCGCAAGAUGAACCUGACUAGAGGCAUCAACCUGACCAAGAUUGCAGAGAAGAUGAAUGGGUGUUCAGGAGCCGAGCUCAAGGGCGUGUGCACAGAGUCUGGCAUGUACGCCCUCCGGGAGCGGAGAGUCCACGUCACACAAGAGGAUUUCGAGCUCGCCACGGCCAAGAUCCUCAACAAGCACGACGACAAGGAGGUGUCGUUGCAGAAGUUCUGGAAGUGA